GCCCUUCUACAGUUUAGGAACUCGGAGUACGAGGAAUAGUAGUAAGAACUACAAGUCCCAUAAAGUGUUGGCUCCUCCUUCCUGCCUCAGCCCCGUGUCGCGAGGCAUCAUGGGAAUUAAAGUUUUUCUUUGAGAGUUAAAAGGCUCAGUCAGCUGAGGGUGAAAAUCCUUGAGGACUACAUAUCCCAUGCAGCUCAGAGUAACCCUGCUCUUCCUGUUCGGCUAGCACCAGCUCCCUGAGUCCACACCCAGCCUGGGGGGAAGAUGAAACCAGCGAGGAAGGAUGCCAGCUCCUCCUCGUCAAGCAGCAGCAGCAGCAACAGCAGCGGCCGCUCCCCACCCUCCACCCGGGCCCACAAACGCAAGACAGCACUCGAGGAGGGCCCCAAACCCAACGAGGGAGCCGGAGAGGAGGCGCCAGAUCAACCCCCAGCCUUUGUGGGUGCCCGGCGCAUGCAAGUGAAGAUGGACUCCAGCUUGCGGGAAUUGGUGGGAGCUCACGACGACCCCUACAAACUGCCCGAGGGCGAGGGGGACCCCGGGGUUGAAGCCUGCGGGCCGGAAGCCUCCCUGAACCGCAAAACGGCCACUUUUAAAUCGCGCGCGCCAUGCAGGAAGUACCCAGGGGGUGAAGAGUCGAACGGUAGCGAGGCCCCCCCUGAAGAUGCCGCCCGGCGCUGUCCCUCCUCCAGUACUGACACCGCCAGCGAGCACUCGGCAGACGAGAACGACAAGGGGGUGGGAGACAUGUGGGCAGCGCCUCCGAGUGAGUAUGAUCUGCGGCAGCUGCGCUCUCAGCGGGUGCUGGCCCAGCGCGAGGGACUCUUCCAGCCCGCCAUCGUGAAGCAGGUCCGCCGAGGGCAGGACCUGGGAGUCCAGUUCAUUAGCGACCGCGUGAUGGCCUACUACGAAGGAGCCCUGAGUUCUGGCGCGGUGGAAGUGGUCUUGGAUGCCACGCCGCCAACGGGCGCUUUGACUGUGGGCACACCUGUCUGCGCUUGUGUAGACUCCGAGGAAACGGCGUAUCGGGAAGGCACCGUGGUGGAGGUGAGCGCCAAGCCAGCCUCCUACAAAGUGCGCUUUGCCCGCCCCAUGGUCCUGCCCGGCACCGCCGCUAGCCGCAAAGACUUGGUCUGGGUGCCACGCUCCGCCCUGCGACUCCUGCGCCCACCUUGGAGCUGCGACUCCUCGUCAGAAAGCAACAGCAAACCCCCGGAAAAGCCGCUGCCUGUCCCGGAGGAGGCGGCGGCAGCUCUGGCCCUCCCUUGCCCAGAGCCAAAGCAGCCAGAAGACGCGGAGGUCUCCAAAAUCAGUGCGGGUGUGCGGACGGAGGAGAAAUCUGUCGUCGUGCCCCCCCAGAUCCUUUCGCCGCCCAAGUCGCCAGCCUUCCCCCGCCUCCCCGAGCAGCCGUCCCCGCUGCUGAGCCCGGAAGCGAGUGGGAGCCGCAGCAGCAGCGUGAUGUCGGUGGACAAGUGCAGCACCCCCGGCUCCUCCCGCUCCCGCACCCCCCUCACAGCCGCCCAGCAGAAGUACCAGAAGGGGGACGUGGUGUGCACGCCCAACGGCAUCCGCAAGAAGUUCAACGGCAAGCAGUGGCGGCGGCUGUGUUCCCGGGAGGGCUGCAUGAAGGAGUCGCAGCGGCGGGGCUACUGCUCCCGCCACCUCUCCAUGCGCACCAAGGAGAUGGAGAGCCUCUCGGAGGGCCGGGCCAGCGGGCUGCGGGAGGGCAGCGCCGAAUUCGACUGGGACGAGACCUCCCGGGACAGCGAGGCCAGCAGCGCCCGGGGGGACUCGCGGCCCCGCCUGGUGGCCCCCGCCGACUUGUCUCGCUUUGAGUUUGACGAGUGCGAGGCGGCCGUCAUGCUGGUGUCGCUGGGCAGCUCUCGCUCGGGAACCCCCUCCUUCUCCCCCGUCUCCAACCAGUCUCCCUUCUCGCCCGCCCCCUCGCCUUCGCCCUCCCCGCUCUUUGGCUUUCGUCCGGCCAAUUUCAGCCCCAUCAACGCCUCCCCUGUGAUCCAGCGGGCUGCGGCACGCAGUCGCCACGUGAGCGCCAGCACCCCCAAGGGGGUGGGGGGGACCGUGCUGAGCCCGGAGAUGCUGCACCACGGUGCCCCCCGGGAGCGCCACCACUCCGGCCUCAUGUCCACCUUCCAGUCCAACCUGACCUUCACGGUGCCCAUGAGCCCCAGCAAGCGGAAAGCCGAAUCCCAUCACAGUAGCACGGGCUCGGCCGCCGACUUCCACAAGAACGACAGCCUCGACUCCGGGGUGGAGUCUGUCUCGCACACCCCGACCCCUUCCACCCCCGCGGGCUUCCGGACGGUCUCUCCCGCAGGAGCCGGCCCCUUUUCCUCCCGCUCCCAGCAGGCCUCGCCGCUCCUGCUGGUGCCUCCACCAGCCGGGCUGACCUCCGACCCCAGCCCCACCGUGCGCCGAGUGCCCGCCGUGCAGAGGGACUCUCCCGUCAUCGUGCGCAACCCAGAUGUGCCGCUGCCCUCCAAGUUCACGGAGAAGCCCCUCGAAGGACGGGUGGGCAGCCCCCGGAUGGGGAAGGUCGGCUCGAAGGAACACCUGCCAGGCAAGGGGCAGCUGCAGAUGCCGGUCCCCAUCAACGUGGGCCGGACUCUGCCUUCCAGCCAACCCAGCGUGGUCUCGGCCCCUGAGCAGGCCCCACCCAUUUUCAGUGUCUCCUCCCCCUUCCAGCCCGUCGCCUUCCACCCCUCUCCAGCCGCCCUCCUGCCGGUCAUCGUUCCUGGGGAGUACACCAGCCACCCUGCGCCCAAGAAGGAGAUCAUCAUGGGCAGGCCUGGGACAGUGUGGACGAAUGUGGAGCCGCGUUCUGUGGCUGUAUUCCCAUGGCAUUCCCUGGUGCCCUUUCUGGCUCCCAGCCAGCCGGAUUCCUCGGUGCAGCCCAGUGAAGGCCAGCAGCCUGUCAGUCAUCCCUCCACUUCCAAUCAGAACAAAGAGCCUCCAGAAUCGGCUGCUGUGGCCCAUGAGCUCCCCAGUGUAUCUUCAGGAGCGGAGUUGGGGAGGCCAAACACCUCGCACCCUGACAGCCCGGCUCCCAUUCCCCAGCCGUCAGCAGUGACCCCAGGAGGUGGUGUGGGUCCACCCCAGCAGGAUGACGAUGUCCCGGGCCACCCCCGCCUGGACAGCGAGACAGAAAGUGACCAUGAUGAUGCGUUCCUCUCUGUCGUAUCUCCCGAGAUCCAGCUCCCGCUGCCGCCUGGCAAGCGUCGUACCCAGUCAUUGAGUGCCCUGCCCAAAGAGCGAGAUUCGUCCUCUGAGAAGGAUGGUCGUAGUCCAAACAAGAGAGAAAAAGACCACAUUCGGCGGCCUAUGAAUGCCUUCAUGAUCUUCAGCAAGCGGCACCGGGCCUUGGUGCACCAGCGGCACCCCAAUCAGGACAACCGUACUGUCAGCAAGAUCCUGGGCGAAUGGUGGUAUGCACUGGGGCCGAAGGAGAAGCAGAAAUACCAUGACCUGGCCUUCCAGGUGAAGGAAGCCCAUUUCAAAGCACACCCUGACUGGAAGUGGUGCAACAAAGACCGGAAGAAGUCCAGUUCCGAUGUGAAGCCCUUGGGGCCUGGGGGUUGCGCCAAGGAGACGCGGGAGCGCAGCAUGUCGGAGACGGGCACCGCGGCCCUGCCAGGAGGCCCUUCAGAGAUGCAGGUGCUGCUGGGGCCAGAGGGCAAGGCUGGUGUCGUGGGAACCGGGCACGGUCACGGGGAGCGGCUCCUGCCGAUGGUGGGGCCCGGCGCACAGCGGCCAAGGGCCUUCUCCCACAGCGGGGUGCACGGGAUGGAGAGUGACCGCGACAGCCAGGUGCUGCAGGAGCUCAGUCAGAUGUGCACGGUACCGUCUCCAUACGUCAGCGGAAAGGGGCAGUAUGGGGGGCUGGGCCCCUCGGGGUCCCCGUUUGCAACUCCAGGCGAAGGGCCCCGCCCGUCCCUGCACCCACACCCCUCCCGUGCCUCCCGCUCUCAGCGCACAACCAGCGAGGACAUGACCAGUGAUGAGGAGCGCAUGGUCAUUUGCGAGGAGGAGGGCGACGACGAUGUCAUUGCCGAAGAUGGGUUCAACCCAGCCGACGUUGACCUGAAAUGCAAGGAGCGAGUGACAGACAGUGACAGCGAGGGGUCCUUGGGGGACGAAUCGGACACCAAGGACUUUGGGCGGAAGCUGUUCCCCCCAGUGAUCCGUUCAGCACCGCUGCCCCCUUCCUCUGGUGCCUUUGCCCCCUGCCGCCUGCCUUUGCCCCCCUUGGACUUGGAGCCGCCGCCGCCGCCCCCUCCUCAUGGUCCUGACCAUCAGCCCUCUUCCAAGACCUUUGGCUCCUUCCAGAUGGCGCCCAGCACCUCCAAAACCCAGGACUCCCGAGGAGGGCUGCGUCCUCACCACACCCCGGCCAAGCGCCUGGAGCCGCGCUUCGACCCCGCCACAGCCCCCUACCGGCGGAAGCGGGUGGACAGUGCUGGUGGCUCCCAGGCGGCCGUGGAGUCUGGGGUGGCUCCUCUGGCCAUGCCCGUGCACUCCGUCAUCUCUCCACCCACGGGCAUGGUGCAAGCGGUGGUGCUGCCCGAUUCUGCCCGCUUCUCCUCGGGCACGGUGCUGGUGACGGCCCCGUCCAUGAGCGCGCCGAAUGUGGGCGUGAUUGGCUACAGCGGGGCCCCCAGCCUGGUCCGCACGGCCUCCACCGUGGUCACCAACGUCGUCAAGCCUGUCAGCAGCACUCCUGUGCCCAUCGCUAGCAAGCCCUUCCCGCGUGGCUCCGGGGAGGGGCUGCCGCUGCUCAGCCCGCCGCCUUCUGAGGGGAGCACGAAGCCCGAAGGGGGGGUGCCCAUGGGGCGCAUCGGCCUCCUCUAUGCCGAUAAGAAGACUCCGCAGCCUGCCGCCCUGCCUGGGCUUCAAGCCACGUCUCCCCACUUAGUGGCCGGGCCGCUCAUUGGGCAGGGCUUGGCCACCGUUGGGAAAGGGGGCCCGAGCCAGGGCAGCGUCGUGACGAACCUGUUGGUGGGGACUCCAGGCUACGGGCAAGCGGGCGGCGCAGGAGGGGCUGGCGUCCCGGUGACCGUGUUGCCGCCGGGGGCCGCCAUUACCCAGCAGUCCUCGGUGCAGUUCAUCACCCAGAAUCCUCCUGGGCCCGGGCAGAAUGGCCCGGUGCCGCUCAGCAUCCUGCAGCCUCAAGGCAUCCUCUCGGGGGCGGCAGGCAAGGCUGGCAGCAUCACUCAGGUCCAGUACAUCCUGCCCACCUUGCCUCAGCAGCUGCAAGUGGCUGGGGGGAAGGGGCCCGCUGGAGUGGGGGCCCCGGGGGCUACCAGCAUCCACUUCACUCUGCCACCCACCAACGGGAAGGUCCUCGCCACCCCCCAGGCCAUCCCCAUCAUCCAGCCUGCCCCAGGAAGCAACAGCAGCAGCGUCACGGUCGUGUCCUCAGCACCCAAAGUUCAGUCCGUAUCUCCAGUACAGGCUCCAUCCCCUGGCAGUUCAGCCCACCUCGUGUCCGGGCAAGUGGUGCCUCCCACAGGGCUUCAAGUGCAAGGCAAGGUCCUGGUGCCCAUGGCAGCCCCCCAGGUCACAGUGCGGACCACCACAGCCACCCAGCUGCCUCUGGUAACGCCGUCUUUCCCUGUGCCGGUGCAAAACGGGAGCCAGACAGCCAGUAAGAUCAUCCAGCUCACCCCUGUUCAGCCUCAGCCUUCCUCACAAAGCAGCGCCACCCUGGUAGCCCCACUCAGCCCAGCCGCUCUCCAGGGCACGGUAGCCACUGCUGUGGUGGGCUCUCCAAACCAAGCCCAGAAAGUCCUGCUGCCCUCCUCCACCAGGAUCACCUAUGUGCAGCCAGCAGCUGGGCACCCCCUGUCCCUGGGCACCUCGGCUUCCCACACACAGUCCAGCGCCCCCCCGGCUGCGCCUGCCGCCACCUACGUCCAGGCCCCAGUGGGCCCUGCCCCCAUGGCACUGGGGUUCACCGCUAUCGGUCCAAAUGGGCAGGCCAUAGUGCAGCCGCUGCUCUCGGGUCAGAACCCUCUGCUGGCUCCAGGGCAAGUGGGGGUGUCCCCACUCCAGACCCCCCAGCUCCCUGCCUCCUGCUCUGGACAAGGGCAGGUCCUCACUGCCAUCUACCCCAGCCCCACAGGGACCAGUCCUGCCCAGCCAGCCAGCCACAGCGUGGUCUACACGGUGCCAGCCACAAGCACUGCCAUGGUCUCCUCUCCCGCGGCCAUCCUGCCAAAGGGGGGCAGCAUCCAGAGCCCUGGGGGUCCCAGCCAGGGCCUGAUGCCCUCAGCCACCCAGGUCAUUCCUUCAGCAGCUGCCCGACCUCAGCGGCCCCCGCUCAAGCCUCCUCAAAAGGUGAAAGCCACCAUCGCCAACAUCCCCGUUGGCUCGUACGAAUCGGCCCCCUCGCCAGGCUCGUCUCGGCUCCCCAUGGGGCAGCAGCAGGAGUGCGGAGGGGUCCGAUACCACCGGGAGGCUGAAGGCCCCGGGGAACGGGCUUCGCGGGAGACGGGACCCCAAGACCUCCCCACUUCCCCUGUGUCCCGGGGCACAGAACAGAGUCCGGCCACACCCCAGGAGCUGAAGCGGGAGAACUGGGAGCCCGUGUCGCCGCCAUCACCCCAGCAGCCGCAAGUCACAGAGACACCAGCCACAGAAGUCUGGAGCCAGCGGGAAACAGCAGUGGGACCCAGUGAGGAGAGAGUCGCCCGCGACCCACCUCCCGCCUCACCACUGGGCAGCAAAGGGACUGAGGCGGCCCUGAAGUUCCCCACUUCCCCCGACUGGAGAACGGCAGCUCCCGACGGCCGCUCUGAGGCUGCGGCCCCUCCGUCCUCUUCCCUCAGCCCCGGCCCUUCAAGUUCUGUGGAGGGCUCUAGAGGGGGAGCGCCAGCCCUCGCGACAACAGCGGCGUCGGCCUCUGCGUCUGAAGGGGCCGAGCAGAAGGAGGGACCAACAGGGAAGAAAGUGAAAGUCCGGCCUCCUCCCCUCAAGAAAACGUUUGACUCUGUCGACAACAGGGUUCUGUCAGAGGUGGACUUUGAGGAGCGCUUUGCUGAGCUGCCGGAAUUCAAGCCGGAGGAGGUGUUGCCCUCCCCCACCCUGCAGUCCCUCGCCACUUCGCCCCGCGCCAUCCUCGGCAGCUACCGCAAGAAGCGCAAGAACUCUACCGACCUCGACUCCUCCACCGAGGACCCCAUUUCCCCGAAGCGGAAGAUGCGGCGCCGCUCCAGCUGCAGCUCGGAGCCCAACACCCCCAAGAGUGCCAAGUGCGAAGGAGACAUCUUCACCUUUGACAAAACCGGCACAGACUCAGACGACAUGCUUGGAGAGCUGGAGUACGAGAAAGUCCCGUACUCAUCCCUCCGGCGUACCUUGGACCAGAGAAGGGCUCUGGUCAUGCAGCUCUUCCAGGAUCAUGGCUUCUUCCCUUCAGCCCAAGCCACUGCGGCUUUCCAGGCUCGCUACUCCGACAUCUUCCCCACCAAGGUCUGCUUGCAGCUCAAGAUCCGGGAGGUGCGGCAGAAGAUCAUGCAGGCGGCCACCCCCACGGAGCAGCAGCCCCCAAGCACACCGGAGCCCGGCGGCCCCACGGGCCAGGGCAGCACGGCCGAGGGGCAGCCCUUGGAGCUGGCCCUGGCGCAGGACUCGGCGCAGGGAGGGGAAGCUGCCACCGCUGCCGCCCCCACGGCAGCUGCCGCCCCCUCCGCGACAGCCCCCCCUUCUACCACGGCUGCCAGUUGGGACUGCAACCAGCCAUCUUCUCCAGGGGGCGGAAGCGGCGGCAACACCAGCAGCAGAUGAAUGGCUGCGCGCAGCUGAGCAAGAUACAGCCUUGUGGGAGGGGGGUCCUGGAGCUUGGCCCCCCCCACUCCUGCCCACUCCCUGCUGACUUCACCUGCCCCCCGCCUCCUCCCCCAGGGACUGAAAGGGGGAGCCCCUUCCUCCGCCGACGCGUCCCCCUGCUCCCCUCUAUACUUGCACUCCUCACCAGCCCUUCUGCUCAGAAGGGGGCGGGCUGUGGCCUCCUGCAAGCCCCCCUCCCCACCCCCCCCACCCCCCAGGCAUGGGUGCCGAAAUGUCGCCCAUUCCAGGACGCAGGCCAUGUCCUUGUUGCCAUGGAGACCUCUGGGGAGGGUGUGUGUGCAAAGGGCCGUGGGAAAUGGACACCUGUCAAGUGACGGAUUCGAAUUCUCCUGCCCUCCCCUUUCAAUAAUGUUAAAUAUUUUGAGACACCCCCACUCCUCCCCGCACAUAUGCAUUGCUUCUGUGUCAAUAAUAACUGGGGAGGCAGGGGCAGUCUUUCCACCCCCUGCUGCAGAGAGGGGUGGGGGGUGGGGGCACUUGGUGGCCUUCCCUUCCAGGCAGGCUGUCGCUUUGGUCACCCGAGGCGGAGGAGGGACGUCUUUCCGGGCUGCGGCUGGGGCCAGUUGAGCAUUGAUGACACGGCCUGAUUUCAGCCUGGCUGAGGCCCGGCUUGGACCGGAGUUGCUGGCAGGGAGAGACUGCGGGCCGAGCAGGCAGAAUCUGGCCCCAAGACAAGAGGGUCAGGGAGGGGGGAGCCGGCCCAGCACUGCCGGAGGAUGCGUCCCGCGAGCAGUGCUGGUGGGUGGGGGCUCCCCCGGCCCGAGCGCAAGUGCCCUGGUGGCCACAGCCACAUGUUGACCAUGUGUAGCCCCUUCUGUACUGGGGUGGCCCCACCUCACCUGCUAUUAAAGCUCUUUAACAACC